UGAAACUAAUUGUGUGUAAAUCUAACUGCUGAGAGACAAGAGAAGAGAAGGAAUGAUCAAACAAAAACCCUAAUUUCCAUCUCUCUCUCCCUCUAUUGAAUUGCAUCAUUCAUUCUCUGCCUGUAUUUCAAAAUGGCGGUUCCGAUGGUUGGGUUUCCAAUUGUAUUACUGAUACGGAUAAUGGGAGUUGUAGUAUCAGCUUUGGUUCUUACUUGGACUUUACAUUACAGAGGAGGUUUAGCUCUCUUUUCUGAUAACAAAGAUCUCAUCUUUAACGUUCAUCCGGUAUUAAUGCUGAUCGGACUCAUACUUAUCAAUGGUGAAGCCAUGCUAGCAUACAAGACAAUGUCAGGGACUAAAAAUUUCAAAAAGUUAGUUCAUCUUACGCUUCAAUUUCUAGCUCUCAUGCUGAGUGUCGUCGGUAUUUUGGCUGCCUUGAAAUUCCAUAUCGACAAGGGAAUUGAUAAUUUCUAUAGUCUGCACUCUUGGCUGGGUCUUGCCUGCAUAAUUCUAUUUAUGAUUCAGUUGGCAGCUGGAUUUGUAACAUUCUGGUAUCCUGGUGGCGCGAGAAGCAGCAGAGCUGCAUUGAUGCCAUGGCAUGUAUUCUUUGGGAUUUAUAUUUAUGCGCUUGCUGUUGUGACUGCUGUUACUGGUAUCUUUGAGAAGGUUACCUUUCUCCAAACCAACAACGUAAUAUCACGCUACUCCACUGAGGCCAUGUUGGUGAACUCGUUUGGUAUAUUGAUUGUUGCUCUUGGUGGUUUCGUUGUUCUUGCUGUUAUUAGUCCAACUACAAAUGGCAAAAUAGAUGCUUACAGAGCAAUGGAAUAAGUGCGCACUCAUGCAAGCACUUCAAUUGUUCAUUUAAUCCUUCAAAUUACUGUACUUCUCAUUUAUAUGAACUGCAGAUUUAGCUUGUUGUAAAACAUAUACAAAUUUUACAAUAAAAUUGUUUCAUUUGAAGUGAUCUCUACUUCGUUUCAAC